AAAUGUCGCGGAAUUUUCACAUAUUUUUCCUGCUUGUUUCAAUAAUUCAAGUAGGAAAUUCUGCUGACAGUUCGGAAAUUACACAUAAACCAGCAGGAAUCUACGUUCGAUUAAAUCAAAAAGCAGUGGAUUAUGUCGCAGAUUUGGCAUCCGAUGCUCUCCCAGCAAUUCUCAAUAACUUGAGCCCUCCCGAUAUUGUGACUGAUAUGGCUAAAAUCACAAAGCUUCAUAUAUCAAACGUUGCAAAGCCGAACCUCAGCGCAAAAUUCAUUGAUGGAAAAGGUGUUGCCUACAAUAUAUCAUUGGCUUCCUUCCGUGCAAGUGCUUAUGCUGAGAUCAGUGUAUUUGUGUGGUCAUAUGAAGGAGAUUUCACUGCAGAGCUCCGCGAACUGUCUAUCGAAUCGGAACUUCAUUUUGAUUAUAAUGGAACUACUACUGUUAAUGCUUCCGUUUGCAACGUAACUCAUUCCGAACUUUCACUGGUGUUUCCACCUGGAUCAAGUUUGUCAGCACUUCAAUCGGAAAUUAAAGGACAGAUUGUCUCUGCUCUCCGUGAUGCUGUCUGCACAACCGCUGUUGAAGCUCUCACAUUCGUGAUGGCACAGAAACCAAUUCCACCUGAGAGCCCAAACUAUCAGAAGCCAGAAGCAGGAGAUCCAAAUGGUUUCAGUGUCGCCGAGUUAGGAGCAUCAUUGUGCCAAGUUGACACAGUUAAUGGAUUUGAAGAUUCGGAGCAAGAAGAGGGAAAUGUGGAGACAACGGUUGCUCCAACACCGGAUGAUGAUAACUCAACGUUGACAACCGAGGAAACUCAAAAAUCUUAUUGGGGAGUUGAUUUGAGCGUUAAUCAUCCACCAACAUUUACAGAUGAGGAUAUGAUUAUUGGCCUUGAUGGAGGAAUUCUCUUCAACGGCUGGAAGGCCGACUCAGCUCAGCAGCUUCAAAUUUUGAACAAGACCCGGCUUGAUAAGAAAAUGGUUGGAAUUCUUCUCUCCGAGUACAUCCCCAAUACACUGUUUCAUCAUAUUUACAUGUAUGACUUGGGAAAUUUCAAACAUAGAUACACCCCAAGUUCACUUCCAAAAAUACUGCAAAAACUUUCAAAGGCGGUGUGCUCAAAAUGCUACGUGGAAGUUUCCGCUAAUCUUACUGAACAACCGAUUCUCCAAAUCGAUGCUCAUCUUGGAGCACGAGUUCAAUUGUCUGGAAAUGUCUCAAUCAUGUUCCAUGGACGAGAACAACUCCAUGAUGUUCUUCAUGCUAACACAAAGUUGCACGUCACGCUGAAGCCAACUGUCCGGCAUUCGCGUAUUUUUGGAGAUGUUUCUCUGACUAAUGUGGAUGUCAACGUUUUUGAUCUUGGACUUGGCGGACCACUCGCUGCUCCAAUCGAAAAGCUCUUCUCAUUUGUGGUCCCACGUGUACUCUGGCCUCAAGUCAAAAAGCGUCUGCGCUUUGCGAUGAACCGUCGUGGAGUCAAACUGCCAAUAUUCUGCGGAGUCGAACUAGAGCAUACCGAAUUGGACUUCGUUGAUCAUGCUGUACUCCUCAACACUGACUUCUCAUUUGAUUUGCCACUAUUCUUGGCGAAGUUCAAAAAAUAUUUGGAUGCGAAGAGCAAGAUAAAUCCAAACUUGCCGAAAUACGUGAUUAUCUAAUAUUUUGAAAAGUCUGUUUUAAUUUUUGAAAACGAAGUAAUAGUCUGAAAUAUUGUUGGAGCAUGGGAAUAAAGUUUUUAUA